GCCGUAGCCCCAGCCCGCACCGCCCGCCUCCCGCAGCAGCCCGCUGGGCUUUCCCCUCCUUCAUCGACUCUGGGCGCCCAGCCCCCGAGUGCUGGUCACGCUGGACCCUGGCGCAGAGCCUUGGCGCCACGACUCGGAGGCCGAUUCUCUCUCCUGGAGUCACCCAGGGGAGAUGGAGCCACCUCAAUGUGUGGAGGAGCUGGAGGAUGAUGUGUUCCAACCCGAGGACGGGGAGCCGGGGACCCAGCCCGGGAGCCUGCUCUCUGCUGAUCUCUUUGCCCAGAGCCAGCUGGAUUGUCCCCUCGGUCGGCUGCACCUCUUCCCUCUCACCCACUGCUGUGGCCCUGGGCUUCGACCCACCAGCCAGGAAGACAAGGCCACUCAGACCCUCAGCCCAUCCUCUCCAAGCCAGGGUGUCAUGCUGCCUUGUGGGGUGACUGAGGAGCCCCAGCGACUCUUUUAUGGCAAUGCUGGCUACCGGCUUCCUCUCCCUGCCAGUUUCCCUGCAGGCUUGCCGCAUGGGGAGCGGCCCCCAGAAGGUCAGUGGCAAGAUCGAGCAGAGGUACAGAUCGCCCGGAAGCUUCAGUGCAUUGCAGACCAGUUCCACCGGCUUCACAUGCAGCAACACCAACAAAACCGGAAUAGAGCGUGGUGGCAGGUCCUACUCUUCCUGCACAACCUCGGGCCGAACGGAGAAGAGAACAGGGAAGGGGCAGGUCCUAGGUGAGGCUGGGCUGCCCUCUUCGCAUGGCCCAUCAGGAACACACGCGAUCUGGAACAGAAGGACUUCGGGGAGGACUGACACUGUCUUGUGAAGUUGUUUUUAUUGUUAUUUGUAACAGUUCUCUCUCUGUGUACAUACAACAUACCCCAGCGGGGACCUUCUUCCCGCUGUUCAGGGCCUCGACCAGAGACGGGGGCCUUUGUCAAACACUGUUGAAGGAGAGGCUGACGUGUCUGUCUGCGAGGGUGGAAACUCCCCAGGGCCCUGGCAAGUCAAUUCUUCAGUCAUCCAGUGUGGAAGAUGACCAGUUACUUAUGCUGUCCAGGAAGUGGACUAAUGUUUUUCUGCAGGAACUCAGUGAAGAAAUAGGAGACUGGAUUAGACCCCCCAGUUCCAUUAGACCUAUCAGUCUUCCUGGUGCACUGGGGCUGUUGCCACCUAAUGUCACCUGUUUUAACCUGCCCGGGUCUCAGCCUGGGCCUUCCCAGCUAAGGCUGGCAGUGUUGCCUGGCCAGCCAGCCAGUUCCACAUCUGGGUUCUCGUGUGCCCCAGCCAGUGCCCGCCCCAAGGGCUCAGGGAUUCUUGCCCAGACCCUGUCACCUCCAGCAGACCUCAGGGAGGGUUAAGUUUCUCCAGGAACCCCUCAAAAGUCCUGUUCAUGAACCAAGCUUCUGGAUUGGCCUCCCAUCAGAUCUGGUUCCACAUAGAGGCUCCAGGAUUAAUCCUUAGCUGCAGAACCAUUGCCACUUCUGCUGCCUGGCUGUCAGCCACAGAUGAGCCAAAGCCAGUCACCGUACUGCACCCAGCAGCUUGUGCCUUUGUCAGCUCUGUUUCUAAAAAUCUCAGCCACCUGGACUGUGUUCUACCCCCAGAAUCACACUGAAGGACAUAAAGGGGCAGGCUCACAGCAGGGCUGGGAACUGUGAUGGCCACCUCACUGAUGCAAGCCUGGCCACACAGGGCCCCAGACCCUUGGUCUCCUUGGAAAACAUACCUCCUCCCCCUGAGCCCCCAUGCCUUUUUUCACACCUACUGGGAUACAGCAAGAAGCCAGGACAGUGGCUUUGUCAGUGGAAAAGUGACUUAUAGAGUAAUAGACAAUGAUUAGAUCGUGGGACCAUCAAAGCUAGGGACACGUUUCCUGUGUUCCUCUAGCUUCUAGCUAGGCCGGCAGGGCAUGUUCUGGAGCUUGGUGAAGUCCCACCUGCCUCUGAACUUCACCCUUCUCUUUCUGCUGUGGCACUAAUGGAGGGAAUUUAAAGCAGCUGGUCUGGCAGCUCUGAUAGCAGACACAAGGAAUCUGUUAACCAGACACCUAGAAGUUAAAUUACAAUUUUUGCAUAUGUAAGAAAAGACAACAUUGGUGCUAAAGUUGAAGCAAAGCCCAAAGAAAGGCAGAGAAGACCCUGGGUCUACUCAAGAAAAUCCAGGAGGAGUCCAGAAUAGACUUUCAAAUCUGAACAAGUCCAAACUCCUCCAGUUAUGCAGUCUUUAGUACUGUUGAAGGACAAUUGAUCUGGAUGUACAGUUGGGCAGGUUGUUCACUGCAUGAGGGGACCUGCAGAGGGAGCUAAAGGAGGCUGAAGCCCAGCCCGUUCUCUGCUCUAAUCUGCAUGCACUGAAGUGGGGCUGCACCUGCUCAGUUAGGGGUGCCUUUCCUUAUUUGCACAGAGGUACCAUAUGUGCCCACAGUGUGGUUCUCAGAAGGACCUCACUUUGUGCGUAAGCCUUUGUUUUGUUCUGCUCAGAUGAUUGGAGUUAUUACCUCUUCUCGGCCAGAAUCAUUUUCUCAGGGUGUGUACCGUGGUUUGCCUGCUAAGAAGCUGGGUUCCUGCUUAGAAGGAGGAGGGGCCCAGGGAAUGAUACAAAGAGUGGCUCUAGGACACACUGGCCCGUGAGACCCAGCCUUCCUAGUGGUCUCCGUACUGUGUGGUGACUGCGAAGACACACGUUGUCUUCCUCCUCUGAUCCAGGCUGCGCAGGGUGUCCCCAAAACACAGAGGCAGGGUUGUUUACACCAGCCACUUUAGCCCCUCUCUGCAGGCUUCCCGCCUGAGCUGAGGGAGAAGAUGGCCCAGACCUCGGUGCAGAGGCAAAGUCCUCAGCUUCCGAGCCCUUGUCAGGCCAGGCUGGAUGUCCCACAUCCUGUCCUGAGCCCAGCAGAAAAUCCAGCCUGCGGCCAGCCGGAAGUCAGUCUCACGGCACUGUCUCCACAAAGUGCCAACCCGGGAAGAAAUUCACUGUCUUAGGCGGGCCAGGGCAAAGCUUAAGCCCUCUCCUAUUCCUACCUCCUAAAAAUGCAAUCCUCAAAGUGGGCUAGGGAUAGUGGUAAAGGGCUGGCCCAGCAUGUGAGGUGGGAGGUAACCGGCAUACGAGCCCCAGGAGGGCACGUUCCCCCCCGCUGGCUGUUUAAUUGGCCCCUUCCCCUUCCACUCCCCAAGUCCAGCCUCAGGAGAUGCCUUCCCCCUGCUUCCCAUCCCCCACCCGAGCCUGGCCGGGAGGUGGAGACUCAGGUUGAGAAGGAGGGAGUCUGACCUGGGUCCUGACCUCUAACCAGCCGAGGCAAGUGGGCUUUUGUAGAGUGCUAAGGGGUGAGGGAGGGAGAGAGCGAGAAACCUGGGCCUCAGUGCUGGGCUGCCCUGGAGGAAGAGGAGCUUCAUAUGCAUGCUCCCUUUUACUUCAGAACUCCAGGGCUAUCUAGGAAUGACAGCUCUAACAGAGGGACACCAGGCCGACACUGGCUCCUGCUGGUGAGGCCAGAGCUGCCAGUCAGACCUCUGCCCCUGCCUUGACGGUUUCCGAGUCUGGCUGCUGGACAGCUACCUGUCUCUUCCCAGGCUCAGCCCCCAGAGAAGUGGGGCCAUGUGCGGGGUCUGGCUGAGCCUGGGCAGGGCAGGAAAGGGCUUUGGGGGAUGGUCCAGACAGGGCUCCUGUCCUGAAGCUUUCCAGGAAGGUGGCUGUGAGGCCAAUGUGACCGUCCCGUUAGUAAGAAGCACACUGUCCAAGAAAGCUUGUCUUUCCUAGGGACUUGAUGGGGAGGUGGGGGUCAGGAGAUCCCAGAGCAGCAGAAGGCUCGAGUCUCGGGGUUCUGUAGGGUCUCUCUGUAAAGAUGAGGACCCCUGGAGGCCACCCUGGCUGACCCAGCAGGAAGGGGUUAACGUGUGAGUCUCCCAAGCUUCCAGGAGGGAAGCUGUGGGCUGCACCCUGGAGGGACUAGCUUCCAUAGCGGCCUAGCCUUGGCCGAGGUGCUCAGAGCUUGCAGGCCCCUCUGUGCGGGUGGCCAGUGCCUCUCCCUACCCCUCCUUGGGUCCACAGGGGCUGCUGGGGGAGACCCAGUGAGAUGUAGCAUUUCAUUCAUCCCCAGGUUAGCUGUCCUGGUGUCUGGGCACUCUGCCUCUGGGACAGGAGAGGAAUGGGGACCCAUUACUUUGUAAUCUGUACAGAGUGUUUGGCUUUAUGUUCUUCACACGCAUAUAUGUGCGUGUGUGUAUAUAUUUCCCCAUCAACUGGUACAAUUUUUAAUAAAACCAUUAAAAACAAAGCUCAU